AUGUUGUCGCUUUGGGGACCAUCUCAGAGACAGGAGUUGCAUCCCAGAUUGCGGAGCCAUUUUUGUUUAAGCCCUGAGCGCGGCGGUUUUAAGGCAAGUCUCCUCAUGGGAGACUUCAACCAAGCCAUCGAUGUGUCUGAGACAUAUCCGCCCCCGCCCGAGUUGCGUGCGAAGGCGCAUGUGAAGUCAAUGGAGGAGUACCAAGCAAUGUACAAAGCCAGUUUAGAAGACCCCGAGAAUUUCUGGGGCGACAUGGCCCGGCAAUUCUUCUGGAAGAAACCAUUCGAAAAAGUGGGUCCAGUGUACAACUUUGAUCGCACCAAGGGAGACGUGUCCAUCAGAUGGUUUGAGGGAGGCACCACAAAUAUCAGCUAUAACUGCCUGGACAGAAACAUUGAGCAGGGGUUCGGAUCGAAGACCGCGAUCUACUACGAGUGCAACGAUUUGGAGGAUGCUCAUGCAGCCUACUCCUACUCGGACGUGUUGAAGAUGGUAUGCAAGCUUGCAAACGCCCUGAAAGCCGAAGGUGUCCAGAAAGGAGAUAGGGUAUCGGUCUACCUGCCGAUGAUCGCCGAGCUUCCCGCCUCCAUGCUCGCCUGUGCCCGGAUCGGGGCUGUCCACUCCGUGGUCUUCGGCGGCUUCUCCGCCGAGUCCCUGGCGGGACGCCUAGUGGAUGCACAGUCGAGCGUGGUGAUCACCGCCGAUGGCGUCAUGCGGGGGGCCAAGCCCGUGCAACUAAAGGCCAUCACGGACAAGGCCUGUGAGAUCACCGCCAAGGAAGGCUUCAAUGUGAAGCGGGUGGUCUGUGUAGCACGCCUCAAAGACACCCCGCGAGCAUCGCAGGCACAGCACGCUUGGGUCGAAGGCAGGGAUGUUUGGUACUCCGACUUUGUCAAAACACAGCCGGAGGAGUGUGAGUGCGAAUGGAUGGACAGUGAGGCACCCCUCUUCAUGCUCUACACUUCGGGCAGUACUGGAAAGCCCAAGGGCGUCCUCCACACUACAGGGGGCUACAUGCUCGGAUCUUUUGCCACGACCAAGUAUACUUUUGACUACCACCCGGAGGAUGUGUACUUCUGCACCGCCGAUUGUGGCUGGAUCACAGGACACUCCUACGUGACCUACGGCCCCAUGCUGAACACCGCCACGCAGGUCGUCUUCGAAGGUGUCCCCACGCACCCAGAGGUUGACCGCUUUUGGAAGGUCUGCGAGAAAUACAAGGUCAGCAUCUUCUACACGGCCCCCACCGCCAUCCGGGCCUUGAUGAAAUCUGGGGACGCGCCGGUUACUCGCAACGACCUCAGCAGCCUCCGACUGCUGGGAUCCGUCGGUGAGCCGAUCAACCCAGAGGCCUGGAGAUGGUACCACCGAGUCGUCGGCGGUGGGCGCUGCGCCAUUGCCGACACGUACUGGCAGACAGAGACAGGGAGCCACCUGAUCACCCCCCUGGUGGGGGCCAUGACCUGCAAGCCGGGCUCCGCCAGCUUUCCCUUCUUCGGGGUGGAGCCCGCGAUCUUGGAUGAGAACGGCAAGGAGUUGGAGGGAGAGUGCAGCGGCCGAUUGGUGCUCAAGAGGCCGCCUCCCUCCAUGAUGCGCACGGUCUAUGGGGACCACCAGCGCUUUGAGGAAACAUACUUCUCGCAGUUUAAUGGCUGCUACUUCACCGGGGACGGCUGCAAGCGGGACAAGGAUGGCUUCUACUGGCUCACCGGGCGCAUGGACGAUGUGAUCAACGUCUCGGGUCACCGAAUCGGCACUGCGGAGGUUGAGUCAGCCCUCGUCGCACAUUCGAAGGUGGCGGAAGCUGCGGUCGUCGGCUUCCCGCACGAAAUCAAGGGCGAGGGCAUCUGGUGCUACGUGACCCUGAACGAGGGUGAGGCCUACGAGGACAGUCUGAAAGCUGAUCUCAAGAAGCAGGUGCGGGAGGUCAUUGGAGCUUUCGCCAUGCCUGACGAGAUCCACUGGGCCCCUGGUCUGCCGAAGACACGGUCCGGCAAGAUCAUGCGAAGAGUCCUUCGGAAGCUCGCGCUGCCGGACUACGAGACACAGGACCUUGGGGACACCUCCACCCUCGCAGAUCCUUCCGUCGUGGAUGUGCUGAAGUCCUACCAUCCAAGGAAAGCUGCGGCAGGGUAUGCCGGCAAGUAG